CAAAUUACCACUAGUAGUAAUCAGCUUACUUUUUUUUUGUUUCUUUUCUCGCUGUCCCGAGAAUAAACAAACAAAAACAUCAAGCUAUCCGUACCAAGCUGGCGCUUCUACAUAAACUAGCGUCCGAGCUUCGUGCACUACGUCGCGAAAUCAAGUCCAGGUUCGGGCGCUAAGCCGGACCCCCCCUGUCAUUCCGGCAAAGCUCCUGCACCUGCGGAGACGUUUUUCUUUGCGGUUUUUUUGUAGCUUCAAACUUUUUGUCCCAACAUUCAUCCUCAUCUCUCCGUCAUCUCUCCUCUAUCCAACGACCAUUUUCUUCAAUUGUUUGAUCUGUCUAUAGCCCGCGUUUCCUGAUACCAUUCCUUACUAUUGUGUCGGUACACUCGAGAUCAACCAUCAUGGCCUCUGCUAUGCGCCUCAGCUCUGCCUUCAGGGCCUCUGCCCGCGCUCCUGCGUUCACUGCCCGCAGGACUGCUUUCAACGGCAUGCGAUGCUACUCGGCCAAGACCCAGACCCUGAAGGAGCGCUUCGCUGAGCUUCUGCCAGAGAAGAUCGAGGAGAUUAAGUCUCUGCGCAAGGAGCACGGUUCCAAGGUCAUUGACAAGGUCACUCUCGACCAGGUUUACGGUGGUGCCCGUGGCAUCAAGUGCCUCGUCUGGGAGGGAUCCGUCCUCGACUCUGAGGAGGGUAUCCGCUUCCGCGGCAAGACUAUCCCAGAAUGCCAGGAGCUCCUCCCCAAGGCGCCCGGCGGCAAGGAGCCUCUUCCUGAGGGUCUUUUCUGGCUCCUCCUGACCGGUGAGGUUCCCUCGGAGGCUCAGGUUCGCGCCCUGUCUGCCGAGUGGGCUGCCCGUUCCGACCUUCCCAAGUUCGUCGAGGAGCUUAUCGACCGCUGCCCCAACGACCUGCACCCCAUGGCUCAGUUCUCGAUGGCCAUCACUGCCCUCGAGCAGACCUCUUCGUUCGCCAAGGCCUACGCCAAGGGUAUCAACAAGAAGGAGUACUGGGGAUAUACCUUUGAGGACUCGAUGGACCUGAUCGCUAAGCUGCCCACCAUCGCUGCCCGCAUCUACCAGAACGUCUUCAAGGGUGGCAAGGUCGCCGCUGUCCAGAAGGACAAGGACUACUCGUUCAACUUCGCCAACCAGCUCGGUUUCGGCAACAACGCCGACUUCGUUGAGCUCCUCCGUCUUUACCUGACUAUUCACACCGACCACGAGGGUGGCAACGUCAGCGCGCACACCACCCACCUUGUCGGCUCUGCCCUCAGCUCGCCCUUCCUGUCGCUUGCUGCUGGCAUGAACGGUCUCGCUGGUCCUCUGCACGGUCUGGCUAACCAGGAGGUGCUGAACUGGCUUACCGAGAUGAAGAAGUCUGUUGGCGAUGACCUGAGCGACAAGUCCAUCACCGACUACCUGUGGUCGACCCUCAACUCUGGCCGUGUCGUUCCUGGCUACGGCCACGCCGUCCUCCGCAAGACCGACCCCCGUUACACCGCUCAGCGUGUCUUCGCUCAGGAGAAAAUGCCCAACGACCCCAUGUUCAAGCUUGUCAGCCAGGUCUACAAGAUUGCUCCUGGUGUCCUGACUGAGCACGGCAAGACCAAGAACCCCUUCCCCAACGUCGAUGCCCACUCCGGUGUUCUCCUGCAGUACUACGGCUUGACUGAGGCCAACUACUACACUGUCCUCUUCGGUGUUUCGCGUGCCAUUGGUGUCCUUCCCCAGCUCAUCAUUGACCGCGCCGUCGGUGCUCCCAUUGAGAGGCCCAAGUCUUUCUCGACUGAGAAGUGGAUCGAGAUUGCCAAGAAGACUGCCGCCUAAACGGUGACGGUUGUGCGUGGGUGAUGAUAGAAUAUGUAAUCUUGUUUGUCUAUGUUUGUUUUUUAUUCAGACGACUAAGCUUCAACUUUUUUGUUUUGUGGGAAAAGAGACGACAUUGGUGUCAGGCUCAAAAUUCGGAUGAAAGAGUUGCCAUGAUAAGUUGUAGCGGUCUGUGUGGAUUGAUUUCUCUAUGGGUUUAAGGUCUGCGCGAUACCAUUACAUCUUUGUACAAAAUGUAUUCAUCUUUCUUCUGCAUAUGAAGUUGUGCAAAACGUUGGAGCAAGUGAGUGCAGUUUGACCACACAAGCUUUCUGUGAAAACUUUAAACAAAGUACCAUGUCUUCCAGCUGGCGAAACAUGGUAGUCUGUAGAAUUCGACCUACGAUGCACAUCUUGUCAUUCAGGCCAGGUUAUCUUUUAAUUCAGUGCGUGUAUGUGCAUAUCUCUCAAUUGCUUGCUUGCUUGCUUGGUUCAGUGAUUGCUUGGCACAAUCCUCCUCAUGGCCGUGUGUACAUAUGCAAAAUUGUUGAACUUGUUUGAGCACUUGGCUUUUUAAAAGUGAUCGACGAUGUUUGUGUAAUUUGGAGCUAGGCGCAUGAAAGAAUUAUCAAGUUCUUUGCAAGGCACAGAGCGCAAUUUCUAGCCCCAAUUUCUUGUCCGUAUCCGUAGUUCUGGUGAGGGUGCAAGUCCGUUGUCCGGGUCCCCGGAAAUUCUACCCCAAUGGUUGGGAUGGAAGCCCGCCCUGUUGAGCGCCCAGUUGUUAUCGCCCGGUUAUCGGUGGGCGGUCCCUGAACCGAAAGAAGCAAGAUCGAAUCCAAUCUUGUCCAUUUCCAAUUCAGGGUUCGUAUUGAGAAAGAAGCAAUUGCGGUCCAAUUAGUAUUUCGCAGCUCGACAGCCGACACGGACGAAACUUUACUGCUUGACAUCUCUGUUGCAAGCUGUAUCCCAGGCAAAUCACAAGCCAAGCAAAGGGUUCAAUUGACCACCUCGAUCAUCCUGUAACGUUCAACAAUAUCCUCGCCGCCAGCGCCAACUUUGUAUUCAGCUGCAGAAUCUGUUUAAAGCUCUUUGAGCAUCAGCGCAGCUUCUGUCAGGCAACAAUAAGAACCAUUCAGUUCGCACGCACGACACUGGACCGACUCCAAAGUCCCCCACCUCAUCCAGCGAAGAAGCGCCCUACUGCCUUGGUCAGGCCCCUUUCCUAAAACAAUCCUAUCCGUCAUGUCUGUCGUUGUCCCUCCGGGCUCGCCUGCUCCCACGUUGGAGAAGCUGGAGAAGAAGCCCGUCAAGUUCUCCAACUUGCUCCUGGGAGCUGGUCUCAACAUGUUCGAGGUCACCACUCUGGGCCAGCCCCUCGAGGUCGUCAAGACCACGAUGGCUGCCAACCGUGGUGAUGGCUUCACAACUGCCCUUGGACGUAUUUGGGGUCGCGGUGGCGUACUCGGCUUUUACCAAGGACUCAUCCCCUGGGCCUGGAUUGAGGCCUCUACCAAGGGAGCCGUUCUGCUCUUCGUAGCGUCGGAAGCCGAAUACUACGCCCGCUCAUACGGCGCGUCUGAGUUCGGAGGUGGCAUCGCUGGUGGCGUGACGGGUGGUGUGGCACAGGCCUACGCGACCAUGGGCUUCUGCACUUGCAUGAAGACGGUCGAGAUCACCAAGCACAAGAUGGCGGCCUCGGGUCAGGCCCCCCAGGGCACGUGGGCCACCUUCAUGGACAUCUACCGCCGUGAGGGUAUCCGCGGUAUCAACAAGGGUGUCAACGCUGUCGCAAUCAGGCAGAUGACCAACUGGGGUUCGCGCUUCGGUCUCUCUCGUCUGGCAGAGCAGGGUAUCCGGGACCUCACCGGCAAGAAGCACGGAGAGAAGCUGAGCGCCUGGGAGAAGAUCCUCGCAUCCUCCCUCGGUGGUGGCUUGAGCGCAUGGAACCAGCCCAUCGAGGUCAUCCGUGUGGAGAUGCAGAGCAAGAAGGACGACCCCAACCGACCCAAGAAGAUGACUGUCGGCAACACCUUCAGGUACAUCUACCAGACUAACGGUAUCAAGGGUCUCUACCGUGGUGUGGCGCCGCGUAUUGGUCUUGGUGUCUGGCAAACCGUCUGCAUGGUAGCCCUGGGUGAUAUGGCCAAGACUUAUGUCGAGAAGGUGACCGGUGAAAAGGUUACCGCCAAGCACUAAACCUUGGAUCAACCGGCUGGGUGUUGACGAUGGUCGAACGUCUGUUAAACCGUCAGAGAAAAACAGGAGCUGUGGUGGGGAAAUUCUUUGUCUAUGGCACCACCAUACACUGGUGGGCGAUAUAUGUACAUGGUUCCGGCCUAUGUAGCUCGAUUGUUUUGUCUUUGUUCGUUGCCUACCAUUGGCUUUCUCUUGUAACUUCAUUGCUACACCUUUUUUUCUGGUAAUAGGGGCUGAUCUAGAGGGGUACGCACAAUAGACGGAGUUGAGGUUUAUUUCCAAACUGGGAUGUACAUGAGCUGCCCCAUUGUUGAUAUGCAGUCUUUCUCUCCUAGGCAGAUUUACUGGAGGUAAACGACUGGAUAAAAAUUGUUAUUCCUUUUGC